AUGGCGGCUCUGUGGCUGCAGGAGUUCCCGCAGAGCGAGGAUCCCCAGCACUCGUACCCUGGAGACGAAGCCGAGCAUCAUCCCAGCGGCAACCGGCCGGGGCUGCCGCUUCCAUCGCCGCCUAUUCCUCCGGCUCCUCCCGGGCUCGGCUCCGGCUCCAGCCUCCUGUUCGACGAACAUUUCCCAAUGCUGGCGGCCGAGCGGCAAGAAGCUGCCGGCGAGGAGGCAGCCGGUAACCCCGGCAUCGAGGAGCUGCUCUGUCAGCUCCGGCAGAAGGAUAGUGACCUGAUCCUGGCGGCCAAGCUGGGCAAAGCUUUAUUGGAAAGGAAUCAGGAGUUGAGCAACCAGUUCGAGAUGAUGCAGAGAGAGCUCACCGACAAACUGGAGCACCUGGAACAGGAGAAACAUGAGUUGCGCAGACGAUUUGAGAACCGUGAGGGAGAAUGGGAAGGUCGUGUUGCUGAGCUGGAGAGUGAUCUGAAGCAGCUUCAAGAUGAGUUGGACAGACACCAGGUCCAGUUACGCGAGGCAAACAAAGAGAAAGUAAGAGCCUUGAGGGAACUUUCUGAACAGAACCAACGCCUCUUGGAACAGCUCACCAGGGCAGCUGAGAUAGAGCAGCAGCUCUCAAUGCAAGUUCACAACCUACGUGAUGAGUUCCGGGAGAAGAACACAUCAACAAACCAACACGUAGCACGCCUGGAGAGCUUACAAGCUGAGAUAAAGGCACUUACAGAGCGAAAACGUGAACUGGAGCGACGCAUCAGUGCUAUGAUCGAGGAAAAUGAACUGUUGCAGAGCACAAUUGAGGACCUUCAGGACCGGGUGCUGAUGGCAGAGCGACAGAGCCAUAACAAGGACCUGCAGCUACAGCAGAACCAGCUAGAACUCCAUGAAGUAAGGAUGUCUCACCGGCAGCUUCAAGUGAAAGUGGAUGAAAUGAAUGAGGAGAUGAGUCUACACAGUGUGAGCCCAACGAGUACGUCAUUACUAUCAGAAAUUGAGCAGAGCAUGGAAGCAGAGGAGCUGGAACAGGAGAGAGAACAGCUGAGAAUAGAACUCUGGGAGGCUUACUGCCAAGUACGUUCACUUUGCUCACACCUGAGAGGAAAUGACAUCACAGACUCUGCACUUUCCACUGACUCCUCUAUGGAUGAAUCUUCUGACACCUCCUCUGCCAAAGAUAUCCCUACAGGGAGCCUACACACAGCACUGCACGAGCUCAAACGUCUGAUCCAGAACAUUCUUGAUGGAAAUGAGUCUACGGUGGUGCUGCUGAGAGUUGAAAUGAAUGCAAUGAAAGAAGAGAGAGACAAGCUGAAGGUGACAUCCGAAGAAAAGGAACAAGACAAGCAGCUUCAGAAAGCUCUCAGCGACCGGGAUGAAGCCAUAGCAAAGAAGAACGCUCUGGAAAUGGAACUGGCGAAGUGUAAGAUUGACAUGAUGUCACUCAACAGCCAACUUCUAGAUGCAAUCCAACAGAAACUCAACCUCUCGCAGCAGCUGGAGGCCUGGCAGGAUGACAUGCAUAGGGUCAUUGACCAGCAGUUAAUGGACAAACAACAGAGAGAGUGUCGUCUGUCAGCACAAUCCUACAGGAACAGCUGCAGCAUGAGGCACAAAGUCAUCUCCUCAGUGAGACCGGAACGUAACCGAGAAGAGGUCAUUGGGGCAGAAGGGAAACGUCCCUUCUCAUUUUUCAAGAAGAAUUAA